AUGGACUCAAAUCCAGCCCCUCCCACUGCAACAGACAUCUUCCGCUACCGUUACCAACAUGGUACGAAUCUCGGCUCCAUCUUCGUCCUGGAGAAAUGGCUACACCCAAAGAUGUUUGAUAAAGACUCCAAAGGGUCAAGUGAGCUGGAAGCUAUCAAACAAUCCCUAAAGAAAAAUGGACUAUUGGCCACUCGACAGAAAUGGGAACAUCAUUGGCAGUCUGCUCUUACUGAAGCAGACCUCAUCUGGCUUACAGAUACCGCCAAAUGCAACUCCAUACGCCUGCCAAUUGGCUAUUUUACGCUUGGUCCGCAAUUUUGUAAAGGAACCCCUUUUGAGGGCGAGCCUUCACAGGUGUACAUAAAUGCCUGGAGUGCCGUCAAGAAGAUCAUCAAGGACUGUCAUGAUCAUGGUAUCGGUGUGUUGAUAGACCUUCACGCUCUACCAGGUGGUGCGAACAUAAACGCUCAUAGUGGAACAAAUACCGGCAAGGCAGAGCUAUGGACAUCCGAACAAAACCUCAAAGUGUCGAAAGACUGUAUCAAGUUUGUUUUACAAGAAACCCUCUCUAAUCGGCUCCCAAACGUGAUCGGCGUUGAACUCUGCAACGAACCGUCUCGGGCAGCCAGUUCUGCAGUGUUCAAGUGGUAUGAGGAUGUCCUGGCUAUGGUCAGAACCGUCGACUCAUCGAUACCAAUAUACAUCGGUGACUGCUGGGAUCUCCCAACUGCAAUCAAAUAUGCCCUGACAAAGAAUAACCUUGAAGAUACUUCCAAUCCCGUCAUUGUCGACACGCACAAAUACUAUACCUUUGCAGCCCACGAUCAUGCCCAAGCACCACAGCAAAUAAUAGAGCGAGUCAAAAACUCUCUGGACGAUAUUGUCAAAAACCAAGGACAUAUUGCGUCGCACAAGACCGCACUUGCGGUAUAUAUAGGCGAGUACAGCUGCACUAUGGACGGCAAAACAUGGAGCAAAGUCGACGCGGCUCAUCGUCCGGCACUGACUCAACAAUUCGGGCGUGCACAGACAGAUAAGUGGCAAGAUGUGACAAGUGGAUCGGCAUUCUGGACGUUGAAAAUGAGCUGGAUGGACGGAGGAGAUUGGGGGUUCAAGAAACAAGUCAAAACUGGCGCUGUGACGCCUCCCCGUAGUCUUACCUUCUCCUUUGACGAGAUCAAGUCCAAGUGCCGCGAAGCCAACGCUUGUGGAGAGCAGCUUCGAGCUGCUGCACUCAUGCAGCAUGCAAACUAUUGGGACAAACAAUCAUCGAGCACAAAAUACGAGCACUGGCGUUAUGAGCGUGGCUGGAGUCUCGGGUUCGAUGAUGCAAUGGCGUUUCUUUGUAGUCACCUCGAUGGCAACCUACCACUUAUUCGACAGGUUGAAGGAGGAGACAAAAUUGGGGCCCUGGAGCUUUGGAUCGGCAAACGUAUGGUUGAGACUGGGCAAUUGGGUAGCCCAUUGGGAUGGGAAUGGGAGCAUGGAUACCGAAAAGGGGUUAAAGACUUUGAGAAGUUGAUUUAUACAUGA